CUUCCUGUCUACGGCUAGCCUAUCGCUCCCCACAAUGCAUUGCGCUGAACGAUUACGCACACACAGGAUCGCACUUCACCCGGCCUCAUCGCCCGUUCUGUCGUUUACAAACCGUCCAAAUCCAUGCGGAUUAUAGCGAGAAGAACACUAGAGCACACACAGCCAGCGCCUUCCAACAGUAUGGAGUCCACCGCCAAGAGAGACGCGGAGAGCACAUGUGUGCUGUGCUGCCAGGACAUCGACCUGUUCGCGGUGGGGAAGUGCGAUCACCCGGUGUGUUACCGCUGCUCCACCAAGAUGCGGCUGCUGUGCGAGCAGAAGUACUGCGCCGUCUGCCGGGAGCAGCUCGACAAGGUGGUCUUCAUAAAGAAACUUGAGCCCUUUGCCGCUCUGAACAUUCAUCAGUACCAGUAUGAGAAGAAAUUUGACAUAUACUUUGCAGAUGGAAAGAUAUAUGCACAGUUCAGGAAGAUUUUGUUACAUGAAUGUCCACAAUGCCCAGAACCAAAAGUGUUCUCCAAAUUUGAAGAAUUAGAACAGCAUAUGCGGAAACAACAUGAACUCUUCUGCUGCAAGUUAUGUGCAAAGCACCUGAAGAUAUUCUCAUGCGAGAGGAAAUGGUACAGUCGGAAAGACCUGGCUCGACAUCGAACACAAGGGGACCCGGAUGAUACCUCGCAUCGUGGGCAUCCGCUUUGUAAAUUCUGUGAUGAUCGAUAUCUGGACAACGAUGAACUAUUGAAGCACCUGCGGCGAGAUCAUUACUUCUGCCAUUUCUGUGACGCAGAUGGAGCUCAGGAGUAUUACAGCGACUACCAGUACCUCAGCGAGCACUUCAGAGAAAGCCAUUAUCUCUGCCAGGAGGGCCGCUGCAGUACAGAGCAGUUCACUCACGCUUUCCGCACAGAGAUUGACUAUAAAGCUCACAAAGCUGCUGCCCACAGCAAAAACCGGGCUGAGGCACGGCAGAAUCGCCAAAUCGACAUUCAGUUCAACUAUGCACUCAGACAACAACGACGAAAUGGCGGUCUGAUAGUUGGUGGCGAUGACUAUGAGGAAGUGGAUCGCUUCAACAGACAGGGAAGACCAGGAAGAGGACAAGCCCCAGGAAGACAGCAGAAUGUCAGGAGCUGGAGAUAUAAUCGAGAGGAAGAGGACCGAGAGAUCGCAGCUGCUUUGCGAGCUUCGAUGGCCAGCCACCAGGAAGAGAGAAGCCAUGUGCAAGAGAGAAGCAGUCAGAAGCCACGCAAAGACGAAAAGAUGGAGCCUGAUGAAAUGAGAAACAACAGAGGCACUGCCAAGCAGACGAACGAAAUGCAAGCUCAAUCAGUGAAGAGUAAUCCCUCUUUGGCUGGUCAGGACUUCCCUGUUUUAGGGGCAGCUGCACCUCCAGCCCCAAUUCAAAGCAAGAUCAAACAAACUUCUGUCUCUCUGAAGGAAGAUGAUUUUCCAAGCUUGUCUGGCUCAGUAGGUUCCGCUCCAAUGACACCUGCAUACAAAAAUCAACCCAAGAAACAUUCGUCCUUCCAGGAGGAGGACUUUCCUGCACUGAUCUCCAAGAUCAAACCACUGAAGUCUCAAUCAAACACAACAUCGGCCUGGUCUCAAGCUGGAAGCAAACCUGCGGUGGUUUCCAAUAAACCUGUGGUUCUGCCCACCAAAACAGCUCCUACGGUCUCUUCAUCCAUACUGUCCGCCAGUGACCCGCCGCCCAGUGGAAGUGUGCCUCAGCCUCUCACUGCCUCCUCAUCUCGCCGCAAAAAGAAGCUCACCUCCUCUGAAACCCACAAAGCUCCACCUAAAGUCAAAUGUCUGUCCUCAUCGGAUGACGAGGACCUCCAGACCAGUAAAACGGCUCAGGAAAUCCGCACGGUACCAACUAUGCUUGACAUCUCCACUUUGUUGACGGUAAAAGAUGGCUCAUCUCAGACCAACCCCAAAACCAAUAAGAAAAAGAAACAAGCCACAACAUCAUCUCUGGGUUCCCCCUCAUGCACUCCUGAGUCCGUGUCCAAAAUGGCUCACAAAGAGAACGUUCCCGAGACGAAGCCACCAGACAACAGUCUCCCCUCCAAAACAAACUCCUUUAUAAAAGGACUCCCGGAGAAACCAGCAGAAGCACUGUCCCCUACAUCAUUUCCUGAAAAUAUUCCUUCCCCUUUAAAGCAGCCGGUAACCGACCAACCUCCUCCACCCAAAGAAGAGGAAUUUCCAGCACUUAUCUCCAGAAAACCUCCACCUGGCUUUAAAAGUGCAUUUCCGUUGAAGAGCAUUCAGAGUGUGCUGCCGCCUCCUCCUCCUGGCCUUGGGCCUGUUGUCAGCAAACCUCCUCCAGGAUUCACCGGCAUCCCGCUCAACAGUAAUGUGGAAUCGUCGAUGCCGGCUGUUGACAGAGUGACACCUGCUAUUGGACCCUACCUCAUACCCGACAAUUUCCAGCAAAGAAACAUGGACCUUAUUCAGUCUAUUAAGAAUUAUCUUCAAAAUGAUGAAACCAAGUUCAAUGAGUUCAAAAACUAUUCAGGCCAAUUUAGACAGGGUAUAAUACCUGCUGUCCAGUACUACAAAAGCUGCCAGGAGCUGCUAGGAGAGAAUUUCAACAGGGUCUUCAACGAGCUGCUGGUUCUCCUACCAGACACUCGCAAGCAACAGGAGCUUCUCAUUGCCCACGGAGACUUUAAGGCUCUCGAGAAACAGCAGGAAGGCUCCAAGCCCAAAAAAAACAAAAAGAAAGCCUGGCAGACAGGCACUACCAGCAACAGCGUGGAGCUGGACUGCCAAGUGUGUCCCACCUGUAAGCAGGUGCUGGCUCUGAAAGACUUCAACACCCAUAAAACCCUACACAUCGGCGAUGAUGACUUCCCCUCUUUGCAGGCCAUAAGCAAGAUCAUCAGCUAGCUGCCAGCAGACGCACAUCCACGGCUCUCUGUGACACAGGACCUGGUGCUGCACCAGGAUAGUGCUGAGAUGCUCGAAAGGAUGAGGGCUUGUCUGAGCUGCAGUGGUAAUGUUUACUCGGAUUGUUCAGAUUCGGAAAGUUUUGAUGACACCUUUUUUCGAAGGGGAAAGAUCAACCCUAAAAAGUGCAAGUGUAACUGUUUUGAAGAGAAACAGGAUUAAUCUACUUGAAAGCUUGAGUUCUAAUGUUGAUUCAUUUAUUACUCCUCCAGUUCAUCUUUUUCAUCAGGUUUUCCAGUGCUGUUAGCAUGGUCUUUUUUUUUUGUAAUAAAUUGUAAGGUUGGCUGCCUUUGAAAAAUAACAUUUAUUUCAGAAUGCUCCUGCCGUAUGAUUGAAAUUUAUUCAUUUCUCAUUUCUGUUUACAAACUCUACAGUACAGAAAAAUAAAAUGGUUAAUAUAUAGCAUUUCUUACAGUAAGCUACAGUGAUCUGUCUACUGACUUUUGACAUUUUUGAAUGAUUGUUUGUGUAAAUAAUUAGCAAUUAAACAAUCAAGCCAGGGAACGAAAUGCACGGCUCGACACACUUUAGGCCACAUGUGAUUGUCUUUACACAAUUAAAUCAGUGUGAGGAAAUUUCACCUGCCUUAAAAUAUACAGGAAAAACCAGAGGGACAUUUUGAAAGGUUGUCAAGAUGGGAUCAGAUUUCGGUGUGUUUUGUAUAAAAUACCAAAUUGGUACGGAUGGAUAAAUCUUGAAUUUUUUUUGGUUAGAUUUUUGUUAAAUACCAUUGUGCUUGUGCCUCUUAAAUAUUUCUUCACACUCCCACAGAGUUGACUGUUGAGACUUCAGUACGGCCACCUUUUCUCAUCUCUCGUUCAGGAACUGCUAUUCGUGCCACGGCCUUGUGGUCAACAACAGUUUGCGAUGUGUCAGGACAUAUCUGCAGAAUAAAUGCUGGUCAAACAUGAUCAACCUUUAGAUUAAGUUAUUCAAGCUCCAGUUUGUGUAUUUCAUCUGUUUGUUUUGUGCAACAUACUCGAAAAUGUUAACUAUGGAGAUAUUUAGAGGAAACGUUCACACAAAAAUGAAAAUUCUGUCAUUUUAAGAAACCUUUUAUUACAUGCGAUGCAAAAGGAGAUAUUAGGCUGUUAGGGACUGAGGACGUUAUUGAACAUUCACUUUCAUUUUUCCAUU